AUCGUUUUCUUUUUUAAGCGUCUGAGUGAUUUCGUUGUUUACAUUUCUUCUUUGGUCAGGCCCCCGAUGGAUUAAAUGCAUAAUUCAUAGGCAUAGAACAUGGUGGAACAAAACCAGUUACAUUCCUAUCGGACACUUGUCCGCGAGACUAUAAAUGGUUAUGUUUUCUGGUCACUGUUCCAAGGUAUGGGGCCUAUGAUAUGGUUCUAUCCAUUGAACGAACUUGACAUAUCUGGGUAUGAGGCAUUUGCUGCCACAUGGUUCAGCCCUAUUCUCCUGGGUAUACCAGGCAUGAUGUCACUGGUUCAGAACCGCUGGGUCCUUGGGCUGCUACGGCUUCUGAUGGUGGGAUCUUUGGCCUCGUUUCAGGCGCCCACAACUCUGACCAGACUGAUGAUUCUUGCAGGGGGAGCUGGUGUGUCAAUGUUAGUAAUAGCAGCCACACUUUGGAGUCCAGAUGUCAAAAUAAGGUCUUCUACAUUCUGGGGGCUUUUCCUGGGACUUCUGUCCCUGGUCACCAGCAGAGUGUGGUUUGUCUCUUUCAUACCCACAUGGUGGAGCAAACAGACAAAUUCUGCGGUCAUUGCAUUAGCCACCAUUUCCACCAUAGAUCAGAUACUGUCAGGAUCAGACUCUAUAAACAAGAGAGACAAAGACAGGCCGGAGCAGCCCUACUGGCUCCCAACAGCCAUUGGAUUCGGCAGUCUUAUCUAUGUGACACAUUGGUGUUUUGGGGAGGUGUCUUUGAUUACCAGAUGGGUGGUGACAGGAUUUCCUGAGCAUGGACCAAUGCCAUAUCCUUGGGGAGUUGGGGUAUUUUUGUGUCUCGUGCUGGGAUUUUACAUGUCAGCUUGUCGUCAUGUAGCACAGAGCAAGAUUUGGUGGCUGAUCGGUGUCUUUUCAUUGGCUGGGCUGUAUUACCUACCGACCUAUCAGGGAUAUGCAGGUGGCCUAAUAUUAGCUGUGUAUACCAUGUCCAUCUGGCCAGAAAUGACAGACAGAGUCAGUCGAUGCCCCCCAUCAAGGUCACUGGUGGUUGCUGUGGUAACCUAUCUGGUGGAGAUCUUCUUUUUUGUGUGGACUGUGGCGUAUAAUUUUGUGCCGGGUGGUGUUUACACAAGAGAGCAUACAGAUUAUCUAAUUGCAGCUGUGAUGUUGGGGAUAUAUAUAGGACUCUUCAUCGGUAAAUCCUUUGAUGUGACUCAUACAGUUCUACCCGUUAUUGAGAAGAAGAGGUUUUCCCUUUUAAAAGUCAAUGUUUUGUUGGGGCCAAUUCUGUGUUCUGGCUUGGCCGGGUUUUCUUCAAGAUACCGUCGACAAGAAUUCUCACAUCCAGCAAAGGUAGAGCCUCGUGAAUUUUCAGCUAUGAUAUGGACAUAUCACUUUGGUUAUGACAAUAGAGGCUGGCCAAGUCUGGAGCGUUCAGCUAAACUUAUCAAUGAAACAGGGGCAGAUUUUGUGACCCUCUUGGAAAGCGAUGCCUCCAAACCGUUCCUCGGCAACAAUGACCUUGGGAUGUGGCUAGGAGAGAAGCUAGGAAUGUAUGUGGACUUUGGACCUGCAACCAAAACGCACACCUGGGGGAACCUAAUUUUAUCGAAGUAUCCAAUUGUCAAGUCCAUCCACCAUCUGCUACCCUCACCACACGGGGAACUCGCCCCAGCCAUCACCGCCACUGUGAACUAUGGAGGGAAGCAUGUCGACUUUGUGGUGACUCACAUGGGGAAUGAUAGAGAUGUGCUGGACCGAAAACUACAAGCCAAAUUCCUCGCUAAGGAGCUAAGAGAGAGUAAAAAUCCAGUAGUUUUCCUUGGCUAUGUGACCUCUGCCCCCGGUAGUCGUGACUACCAUGAACUCCUGACAAAUGGCAAUGUCAAGGACAUUGAUGAGACAGACCGAGACAGAUGGUGUGAAUACAUUAUGUACAGAGGACUCAAGAAACGGGGCUAUGCCCGUAUAACACAUGGUGGUUUGAGUGACACAGAGGUACAGAUAGCCAAAUUCCAGAUUCCUGAAAAGUCCAGUGAUUACAAAGACAACACUAGACUGACCACUGACCCCUCUAGAGUGGACCCCAGUGUACAUUUUAACAAGAGGUUUGGAUCUUUUCACCGUGGCCAUGGCUAUUUCUCCGACCAUAAAUUCCACAUGAGCACACCCAAGUACUUUCUGCCAUAGACUUCUUCAAAGCUUGCCAUUCUCAACUUCCUGUGAUUCCGACAGCCAUUUUUACAACCUAUUUGCUUGUGUGUCUGUGCAAAGAGUGAAAGCUGUUAUAUUAUUCUAUAAAUAUGUCCAUAACUAUAGUAUUCUUGUCCAAAAAAAUACUCAGGAAUCUACAAUCUGCAUUUGGGUAUUGAAUUUAAUAAUUUUGUGUUGUUAUGGUGUUCAUUUAGGGAUGAAGGUAUGCGUAAUUAAUGAUUUUCAUAUACAUGCGUAGUGUUUAUUUUAAAUCACUUUAAAUUCAUGAGAACUUCAUUUUCACACAGAAUUCAUGGGGUGGAACUGACAUGAAAUUUUAUAUUUAGUACAAUAUUGAUGAACAAGAACAUUCAUGAAAUUGUGUUUCAUUGAUUUAAUCAUGGGAGUGAAGUCUCGUGAAAUACAAGUGAUUUACAGUACCUGCCAAAUAACAGAGUUCAUUGUCGUUAUCAUAAGAAAGGUCAUCGUCAUUCGAGUCCAUUGUCGUAAAGGAGUCAUCAUUGUUAUUAAUUAUCAUAAGAGAGUUCAUCAUCAUAAUCUUCAUAACAGAAUGUGUGCACUUCUCGUCCAUCAGAAACAGUCCUGUUAUCUUCAUUAAUCUUUGUGUUUUCUCUUAUUUUUAUACACGUCCAGUAAAAUGCUUUGAAAUACACA